CCUACAACGGGCAGGAGGAGUCCGACAGUCGUUCCUGCAGCAUCCCAGUUUAUUACAAGGUGGUACAGUUAAAGCACACCAAAAUUUUCCGUAUUUAAUUUAUUUAACGAUCAAACGGUUGUUAAUUGAUUGUGGUAAAAUGCCCAAUAGCAGUGCCAACACCAAUAAUGCUAUUCCGCAAGUUAAAAGUAGGCAACAAUCAAUUGCCCAAAUUAAACAGGAGGAAUUGUUAAACGCCCAAACUGCAUAUUAUAUAAAGCCGGAAGAAAUGAAGCUUUCGGAUGGGCAGAAAUUCAAAAAAUUUCUUUGGGAUCCGAAAGAAAAUAAAUUAUUUGGUAGAAAUGGAGCGAGUUGGUCAAAAAUUGGACUUUUCUAUUUGAUUUUUUAUGGAAUGUUAGCUGCUUUAGUGGCGAUUUGUAUGUGGGUGUUUUUCCAAACUUUGGAUCCAAGAAUUCCUAAGUGGCAAUUAGAUAGAUCGAUAAUCGGAACUAAUCCUGGUUUGGGAUUUCGACCAAUGUCAAUGGAAAACGCCGAAAGCACAUUAAUUUGGAUUCAAGGAGCCAAUAAGACCAAUUAUGAAAAGUGGAAGAGUAGUUUAAAUUCAUUUUUAGACAAGUAUUACACUCCUGGUAUGACUGAAAAAGGAACCGCCUCUGUACGAAAAUGUAGUUACACUCAACCACCGCAAAAGGGGCAUGUUUGCGAUGUUGAUGUAAAAGUUUGGAAAGAAUGUAACCGGGAUCAACAUUACAAUUACCACAAAAAUUCACCCUGCAUAUUUUUGAAAUUAAAUAAAAUUUAUGGAUGGAUCCCCGAAUAUUAUAACACAACAAACGGCCUUCCUCAAGAUAUGCCCCCAGAAUUAAAAAAGCGAAUUGUAGAUGCUAAACCAGAAGAAAGAAACACCGUUUGGGUUAGUUGCGAAGGUGAAAACCCUGCUGAUGUAGAAGCUGUUGGUCCAAUUCAAUACUUCCCAGAUAUCCAAGGUUUUCCAGGAUAUUAUUACCCAUACGAAAAUGCGGAAGGAUAUUUAAGUCCGUUGGUUGCCGUGCAUUUCCUAAGACCAAAAUCUGGAAUUGUAAUUAACAUCGAAUGUAAAGCUUGGGCGAGAAAUAUAAAACACAGCAGAGUCGAUAGAAUUGGAUCCGUCCAUUUUGAAUUAUUAAUCGAUUAAGAGAAAAGUGCCAUUAUAAAGGUGUACAAAAUAGAAUCAUUCCAAAUAAGCCGCACAACAAAAAUUAAUUUUAAUCUCAUUCCACGUAAUAUAGCUUUUGAUAAAAAUAUAGAAAUGUGAAGAAUCUCGAAGAAUCUCUUGCAAUUAUUUUUUAUACAGGAUUGAUAUUUAUCAUUUACACCUAAGAAAUAUUUUAUAAACAACGUUAUUUCGUUUCGUAUUUAAUUUUAAUUAUGUAAAUAACCUUUAAACAACAAAGUUUUGUUGACAUAUGUUUUAAUUGACUCGAAUUUUACAAUAAAAAGGAUUGUUUUGAAAAUUCA